AUCAAGAAGUACGAGAAGCUGGACUCGGAGGAGGAUCGCGCCCUCAAAAGCCGAGAGAUCUUCGACUUGUACAUCAUGAAGGAGCUGCUGUCCUGCUCCCACCCUUUCUCAAAGAGUGCCACCGAGCACGUGCAGAGCCGGCUCCUUAAGAAGCAGGUGCCCUCCGACCUGUUCCAGCCGUACAUCGAGGAGAUCUGCCAGAGGUUCCGGGACGACGUGUUCCAGAAAUUCAUCGAGAGUGAGAAGUUCACUCGGUUCUGCCAGUGGAAGAACGUGGAGCUCAACAUCCAUCUGACCAUGAACGACUUCAGCGUGCAUCGGAUCAUCGGCCGAGGCGGCUUCGGGGAGGUCUACGGCUGCCGCAAAGCCGACACGGGCAAGAU